GGCCGGCCUGCGACGUGGCACAUUGUCGCUUCACGACAUCUUUGGACGUCGCGAUGGGGGCUCUCCUUUUCUCCCGCUUUUCCCUAGUCUUGGGGUGACAAGGGGCCUUAUCUCUGCACUGGGACACGGCACGCUUGGAGGAAGGCUCUGUGUUUAGGGCUCCACUGUUCUACACUCUUACAGGGUUACACGCACAGCACAACACAGUAUCGGAAAGACAAUCCGGAUUGCAGAUGUCAUUUUCAUCAGUGUACAUGGCGGUGCUGCCGUGGCUGCUGCCAUUGGCACUGCUGCCCUGGCCCAAAACAGGGCAAGCCUUCGGCUUCGGAAGAGCACUGGACAGCCUCGACGAGGCUAACACCUACAUACACACACACGAGGGCGACAACGUUCCCACGAGCUCAAUAAUAGAUGUGCUAUCGGCAAACGAGUCGUACAGCCAUCUUCUUCUCACGCUGCAAAAGAGUGACUUGGUUGACUACGUCAACGAACUCGCCAACGUCACGUUCUUGGCCCCGGUGAACGCCGCCUUCGAGAGGCAUGAGAUCCCGAUCGGCUCGACCAUGUCCAAAGACGAGUUGAACAGAUUCAUCAUUGACGACGUGAUCUUCCGGGAAGAGAUUGUGGGCAUCAAGAUUGUUUCCACCCUCAACCACCACGGUUCCCCGUACGUGGAGCUUUUCCAGGUCCCGCUUUUGCUAGACCACCGUUUCGAUGAGGACGGUGAGAACGAAGAGGUGUAUUUGGUGGAGAACGCCAAUGUCUUGUUUGAUGACCAGUACCUACCGACGAUAGACACAGUGGUGCUCACAAUAGAUGACCUCUUGACAGAUCCGAAGGAGACAGUGUGCCGAUAUUUUUUGAAUAGUCUAAACAGAAACACCGGAGACGAGCGCUUUAAAGUCUUCAGCAGCCUGCUACUGAGCGAAAGCACCUGCAAGUCGCUGAGAAUGUCGAAUAUGACCUUCUUGACACCUUCGGACCUCUCGCUUCAUUUGAACCACAUAGAGCGUAAAUACCUUUCGCAUAUCAGAGGUAUGGACGAUAAGAAUCUUUUCAUCUCAAACUUUCUCGUUGACGGUAUUAUUGGUGGUAAUCUUGAAAACGAUACGAUUACCACAUCUAAUUGGAACAACGAAAAGCUCACAUUCUCAUCUUCCUACUUAGGCGACGAGAUCAUAAUCAACGAUGAAGUGCGUGCAACCGCUUCCAACUUCUUAUUAUCUGAUGGGAUUAUCCACUACUUCGAGAACGAGAUUUUCGAUUAUAAUGAUACCAAAAGUUUCCCGGUAUUUACAGCUCGAAAAUAUUUGAUUGGGUUGGAGUAUGAGGAUUUUGUUGAUGAAAUCGAUUUCCGGAAACUGUCCGAACUCAUAGACGACAACACGCUCAACCAGACAGUUCUUGUUUCAAGAGACUACGGAAUGAUGGGUUCCUUGAAGAAUGGAAUGCUCUACCAUUUCCUUGAAGGAAACAAUGAGAUCAACCUGGAUACAGACGAAAACGUGCUUCUUACGUCCAAAUAUUGCGUUGAUACCGAUACUAAUUCGAAAUUCUGUCAGAGAAUCAAAUUGGAAACCUCUCCAGAAGGUAAGAAAGUGCUCAACUCAAAUUCUAAGAUUGUCAAUAUUGUACCAUACAGAGUCGGCAACUCUUCAAUUUACAUAAUCGAUAAUGACAUCUCUCUUCCGACAAAACUCCAGACUGCAAUUGCGUCUGAAUUGACAGGUUAUGGGAAAUCCACCCAAUUUUUGAAAAAAUUCAACUACUCCAAAAAACUUUCGAAAGAUAACACUUUCUACACUGUCUUUUUACCAGCAACUGAACUCUGGAAUGCACUAGAUUUGACGCUAGACUAUUUGAUUGAAAACCCUUUACUUCUUGAAAAAAUAUUAGACAACUUGAUUUUCAAAGGAGUUCUUUAUCAUGAUUUUCAAGGAGAACAAGAGUUUGAGACUUAUGGUAACUCUAAAGUGGAAGUAAGCAAAGACAAUCUGUUGGAUGAUAAAAUAGUGAUCAACAACUCUACAAAUCUCACAAUAUCGUUUGAAUCCCAAAUCUUGUAUUCCAAUGGAGUUGUUCAUCCUAUAGCUGAUGAAAUACCGUUACCGCAGGAUAUGCGCAUUUCUAACCAAGAACUACUGUCGGCACAAGAUAGUUAUGAAUUUGAGAAAAUCUUGGAUUUUUUGAACUUAACUUUUGUUCUAGAUUCAGCCAAAGGAUAUUCAGUAAUGCUGCCCUCAAGCAAAUCUUUAUUGCAAGAAAAUAUUACUUAUUUAUUGGGGGAUAUCCAAUUUUUGGAGAAGUUUGCCAAGCUACACAUACUCCCUCCAGGCUCGCUGGACAUGAUUCUAGAUUGUUACUCAGCCAGCUCUGAGACAUCCCCACUAUUACAUACGGACUACAGGAAUAGUACAUCGUUGACAGAUAUACCAACGCUAAUGAAUGGCACGCAUCUAACAUGCAGAGAAUUGGCUUCCGGUGGAAUGAUGCUGAGUAUAACCGAAGGAAGUGGAAACGAAGUGAGAAUUUUAAGACACGGAAUAACUAUCGACAAUUCGACCAUUACCUCUGGUUUAUUGCUACUCGAUAGACCGCUAAAUCCAACUUGGAUGAACCACAAUGACGGCAAAUUGUAUCUUCAUCUUCCACUAUUCGCAAUUCUAGUUGGCAUACUUAUUGGUGUCGUAUGUGUACUGCUCACUUGCGGAUGCUGUCUGAUGUUAACAUUCGGUAAUUCGAGGAAGGGAAUUGACGGGAGCGACGGCGAAGGAUUCAGGGAUGAUGAAGGAAGAAUCGAACACGUGAUAAGCGUAACAGAGACUAUGCCACUCUUAAAUGAUGAAGAAGGAAGUAGUAUGGAUAAAACAAAAAGUGCUGGUGGCAGUAAAGACGGUGUCAAUGGUGGCACAGAUGAUAACAUAUCCGGCUAUGUGAUUAAUAAGGACACUACCCAGGAACAAAUUGGCAGCUCAAGGGCAUUAGGGAGAAGUUUAGGACGUGAUGGUUUCAGCAAGGAGAAUAAGGGAAGUAAGGUGGGGAGGCGCUACAGUACAUUUGAUGCCAGAUACUCUAUGAAUGCAUCUGCUUCUCCUAUUGAUGUGAAUAAUAACGCAUCUUAAAUUACGCUUUUCUAGUUUCAUUUCAUAUUCUUUUAGUUUUACGUUUUAAUUUAUUCUCUUCGGAGAACGAAGUUUGGCAAGCCAAUGUAGUUACAAAUACUUAAUUGUAUAUCAUGACAAU